GACCUGAAGCUUUUUUCGUCUGGCUGUGAGAACAGACGUGUCUGCCGAAACGGGCCCAUGUCUGAAAACCCAGACAGACGCUCCCGUUUGAACAGAAAGGACACAACAAGAGAAAAGGUCGGCCAGGACAGAGCAGCAGCAAGAUGGAGUGUGAGUGGAAGCCAGACGAGCAGGGGCUUCAGCAAAUACUACAGCUGCUAAAGGAGUCUCAGUCACCAGACACGUCCACGCAGAGAUCCGUCCAGCAAAGACUGGAGCAGCUGAACCAGUAUCCAGACUUCAACAACUAUCUGAUAUUUGUUUUGACCAAAUUAAAAUCUGAAGAUGAACCGACCCGUUCCCUGAGUGGACUGAUUCUGAAGAACAAUGUGAAGGCUCACUAUCAGAACUUCCCAAACGGAGUGUCUGAUUUCAUCAAGAGCGAAUGCCUCCAAAACAUCGGGGACACAUCUCCCCUCAUUCGAGCCACUGUGGGUAUCCUCAUCACCACCAUCGCCUCCAAAGGAGAGCUGCAAAACUGGCCUGAGCUUCUGCCUAAACUCUGCCUGCUGCUGGACUCUGAGGACUAUAAUACAUGUGAGGGGGCGUUCGGGGCUCUGCAGAAGAUCUGCGAGGACUCUGCUGAGAUCCUGGACAGUGACAUGCUGGAUCGGCCACUGAACAUUAUGAUACCCAAGUUCUUGCAGUUUUUCAAACACAACAGCCCAAAAAUUAGGUCUCAUGCCAUCGCCUGUGUGAACCAGUUCAUCAUCAGCAGGACCCAGGCUCUAAUGCUUCACAUUGACCCGUUCAUUGAGAACCUGUUUGCUCUGGCGACAGACGAGGAGCCAGAAGUGAGGAAGAAUGUUUGCCGAGCUCUCGUCAUGCUGCUUGAGGUCCGCCUGGAUCGUCUCCUGCCUCACAUGCACAACAUCAUAGAGUACAUGCUCCAGAGGACUCGAGACCCAGAUGAGAAUGUCGCCUUGGAGGCCUGUGAGUUCUGGCUGACGCUGGCCGAGCAGCCAGUUUGUAAAGAAGUGCUGUGCGGUCACCUGUCUCAGCUCAUUCCUGUACUUGUCAACGGGAUGAAGUACUCCGAGAUCGACAUUAUCCUGCUCAAGGGAGACAUCGAGGAAGAUGAAGCCGUCCCAGACAACGAGCAAGACAUCAGACCGCGCUUUCACCGCUCUCGCACAGUCGCCCAACAGCAUGAGGGUGAUGGGAUUGAGGAAGACGAUGAUGACGAUGAUGAGAUGGAUGACGACGAUACGAUUUCUGAUUGGAACCUGCGAAAGUGCUCUGCAGCAGCCCUGGAUGUGUUAGCCAAUGUUUUCAGGGAUGAUCUCCUGCUGCACAUUCUUCCACUUCUCAAAGAACUGCUUUUCCAUCCCGACUGGGUAGUGAAAGAGUCGGGCAUCCUGGUGCUGGGGGCUAUAGCUGAAGGUUGCAUGCAGGGCAUGAUCCCAUACCUACCUGAGCUCAUCCCACAUCUCAUCCAGUGCUUGUCUGACAAAAAGGCACUGGUGCGAUCCAUUACCUGCUGGACACUGAGCCGCUAUGCGCACUGGGUGGUCAGCCAGCCCCCGGAUGUUUACCUAAAGCCUCUAAUGACCGAACUGCUGAAACGCAUACUGGAUAGUAACAAGCGCGUGCAGGAAGCUGCGUGCAGUGCCUUUGCCACCCUGGAGGAAGAGGCUUGCACAGAGCUGGUACCUUACCUGGCAUUCAUCCUGGACACGCUGGUGUUUGCUUUCAAUAAGUACCAGCACAAAAACCUGCUCAUUCUGUACGAUGCCAUAGGGACGCUCGCAGAUUCAGUGGGACACCAUCUUAACAAGCCGGAAUACAUCCAGAUGCUGAUGCCGCCCCUGAUACAGAAAUGGAACCAGCUCAAAGAUGAGGACAAAGAUCUUUUUCCUUUAUUAGAAUGUUUAUCAUCCGUAGCCACAGCCCUUCAAAGUGGCUUUCUUCCCUAUUGUGAGCCGGUUUACCAGCGAUGCGUCAAUCUGGUCCAGAAGACACUCGCCCAGGCUAUGCUUUAUCAGUCACAACCUGAUCAGUAUGAGGCGCCAGACAAAGACUUCAUGAUAGUGGCUCUGGAUCUUCUGAGUGGACUGGCUGAGGGAUUGGGUGGCACCAUUGAGCAGUUGGUUGCUCGCAGCAACAUCCUGACUCUCAUGUAUCAGUGCAUGCAGGACAAAAUGCCUGAGGUGCGUCAGAGCUCUUUUGCUCUGCUUGGGGAUCUCACUAAGGCCUGUUUUCAACAUGUAAAACCCUGCAUCGCUGAUUUUAUGCCCAUACUGGGUACAAAUCUGAACCCAGAGUUAAUAUCUGUGUGCAACAAUGCAACCUGGGCAAUUGGAGAGAUAUCCAUACAAAUGGGGCCUGAAAUGCAGCCAUACAUUGCCAUGGUGCUGCACCAGCUGGUGGAGAUCAUUAACAGACCCAAUACUCCAAAGACUCUGCUGGAAAACACAGCAAUAACAAUUGGUCGUCUUGGUUACGUUUGUCCUCAAGAGGUGGCACCCAUGCUACAGCAGUUUAUAAGACCCUGGUGCACGUCUCUGCGAAAUAUAAGAGACAAUGAGGAGAAAGACUCUGCAUUCAGAGGAAUUUGUACAAUGAUCAGUGUAAAUCCAGGAGGUGUUGUUCAGGACUUUAUAUUCUUCUGUGACGCAGUGGCUUCCUGGGUAAACCCAAAGGAAGAUCUCAGAGAAAUGUUCUACAAGAUCCUUCACGGGUUCAAGAACCAGGUGGGCGAAGAGAACUGGAGGCGCUUUUCAGAUCAGUUCCCGCUGCCUUUGAAGGAGCGACUGACUACCUUUUACGGGGUGUAAAGGUUUUCCACAGCACUGUGCCUCAUCGCGGGGUCAUUCACCAUGGGAGACAAGAUAGGGAACCAUCCCUGGGAACAUGUUAACCCUUUACAGGGGAGGGAGGGUGCAGACCCCUCCCUGACCUGGAGGAAGGGGUGGGAGGGGUGAUGGUAGCUGCAAGUUCUCAGUGCCCUUAAGCGCUAAGCUGGGGAGGGACAGAAACUGGCAAUUCAACCUUAUCAUGGGAGGAUCUUUAAUUUAACCAUCUCAAUCACAAAUAAUGGACAAUAUCACUUUUAUUUUCUUUGCUUUAAUUCUUCAGAUAUCAUUCAGGAACACAGAAGGUAAAUAUUAGGAGAAACUGAUGAGUCUGUGUGAGAUUUUAGUUCAGGAUAAAUAGAUUUCCUAGACUAAAAAAAUAAAUCUUAAGAUUUUAGGUUGAUUAUCAAGAUGCUUUAUCUCAAAUCAGCUGAUGCUAAGAAAGCAUUUUAUCGAAUCCACUUCUGAAAAAAGUACUUUCAGAACGCUGCAUAUCAUCCAAAGGAAGUAACCUAUUAUUUCAACAUUGAAGCAGGGCGAAUGCCUCCUCAUUCAAUCACCAGGGAGCACAAUUCAAGAGCAGCUUUUCUGGGAUUAGGUAGCAUGCUUAUAAUAUUGUGAAAAGCUGUUGAACAUUAGUGAUGUGUGUUGACAGCCGUCAUUGCCAUUUGAUAAGGUUGUUCUUUGAUUGUGUAAUCUAUAUUUAAAAUACUUUUAAUUUUGUUUUCAACAGCAGUCUGUAACGUAGCAUGGCAGGGUCUACGCUGAGUUUAGGUCGUGUUCAGCUGUGAUGUGACAUUGGAAUGAGUCUCUUGUUUUUGUGGUGUGAAUGUGACAUUUUUAUUUCAUUUUAUAUUUGUUUUUUAGCGAGCGUAUCAAAUCUUUAGCUGCCUAAAACAGUUUUAGUUUUUUUUUUUAAUGGUGGAAAUUUCCAAAGGAAAAUUGAAGUGGAAGCAGGUUGGCAACCUGUGUUUUGACCUCAGUGAUAUAAAACACGUAUGCUUUGUGACUUUCUGCAAUCAGAACCAAAUAUCCCAUAACAGUGACGAUUUCUUAUUGAAGACCAGGGAGACUAAACCUCCACUGGACAUUUUUGUUAAAUUAUUGGUAAAAUGUGCAUUGUCAAACUUCAGAAAUGUAGUCAUUAAACUGCAUUACAUAUGCGCUUCAUUUCAUGAGUGUGUUGCACAGCUGAUGAGCCGCUCUUGGACUCGAUCACUCCUCCACUCUGGAGCAGCAGGACGCUGCCUGUUAGCCUCUACGAGAAAUCCCUGUUGAAGUUUGAGUUUAGCAGCGAGAAAGUAGAGGCCUGAUUGGAUAACACGCCAAAAAUAUAUCACUUCCAGUGAGGCUAAACCUCAUAUGCCCCAUUUACAUUACCCUCUGAAAAACUAUCCGUGCUGAGUUCGGACCGAGCCUGGAUCAGUUAACCGUGCAAAGCUCCGUUCCUUACGACCGUUUACACAUCACGCUAGCGCAGUUCCUCGCCUCCAAGUGAUGAUCUACGGUACUACUGCUUUCUAGGACUGAAGGAGGGAAUCAAGCAAAUCUAAAUGGCGGCGCCCGUAACAUUCAGGAAGUUAUGUUUGGUUAUAAUUGUGAUAUUUUGUUGUUUGCGGAGAUCAGACGAAGAAGGCUGUCUCUGCGUAAUCCCAGGUCGCACCACGCUCUUUUGAAGCCAUUUUAUAAAAUGUAGUGUUGAAAAGAUUUCAGUUGUUGUUUUACAGUUCUUCUGUUUUAUGGUGGUUGUCAAGCAACUUAUGUGCAUUACCGCCAACCACUGGAUGCUGACUGUAGAUAGGAGAUGAAGCAAUCUGCUCAUGCUCUUCUUAAUCAGAGAACCGAGCCAUAAGUGAACCAUGCCGUGACUUAGUACUAGAUUUAGUGUGGUACAGUUAUCUGGCACGGUCCAGGUCAGUUGCGUUCCAUUUACACUAAACUGUUAUCUUGGCACGGUUUAAAAUGGGUAGUGUAAAUGGAGCAGGGGCGGGCCGUGAAGCUGGCUGCUCGAUGCUGAUCGGCAAACAUGCUGACGGAUGUAUUACUGACAGCAAGGAGGUUUUCCUCAUGAGCCGAGUGGAAAAAGUGAUUGUUCAGUCUGGAGUUUAUCAUUUCAGAGCGUUUCACAACAGCUAUUUUCACCUGUUGUAUUGUGUUUUACGUGUUUCAACAUUUGUUAAUGCAAUACCUGAUGUUUGGAUUUAAUUAACGCCAUUGAGCUGCCACUGCCCCAUAAUAUCAGUGUCAAACAUGUUUUUUUUUUCUGUGUAUUUAGAAAGUUCUUUUCCUGGUUGUUCUGUGCUAAAAGCAUGAUCCUGAGGAUGACUGUACUGUGUCGGGUGGUUGUCACUGUGGGGUACUUGGAUGCUUUCAUGUCUUGCAUGUUGGUGGCCCCCUCAUGCUAAAACAUUCAGUGGGAGGGAGGAGUGCUUCAAGUUGAUGACACUGGGACGCAUAUAAACUUUGCGUAACGGCGUGCUCUCCCUGAACACCUCCUCCCAUUGAUGGAUGUAGUUUUAAAAUACUGUGAAGAAUGUUUAAUGCGUCUGCUUUUUCUGUGUUGUAUCUAUAUUUUUUUUUAAGUGUCAAAACUGUUGAAGGUUACAGCCUGAAUGUAUUCCAUGAUGGUAGUUUUUAUUUUAUUUUAUUAAUGAACCCAGUUAGUUGUUUUUCCUCUGCUGGCCAGAGUAAUUAACUGCAGUAUUUGAAUCUUUGCAACACUGAUGGCGGAUUAUUAAUUAUAGCUGCUCAAAUGAAGUUUUUACCUAAUGCAAUAAGCGUCUUCAUGCAAUUGGACUGAAAAUGUAGAUUUAUAGUGAUGGAGAUAAUUCCAGUGCCUUUCAAAAGUAUUAAUACCCCUUUUGAAGGUUUUUAUGCUGUGACCACAAAUUACAUUACAACCACAAAUUAUGAUAAAUACUAGUGAAUUGCAAGAAAGUUAUUCAUCAUUCAAAAGUCUUAAUUGGGUUCAACAAUUUUCACAGCUGCUGAUUUUUUUAAAUUUUAUUUAUUUUAUUUUUUGCUGCAAGUCUCAGGACAUUUGCACAGCUAGAGACUCACAUAUUUCCCCUCAUACUCUUAUUUAAACUAACCCAAAACUAACAGUGCUUCUUGCAAAAAAAAAAACACCUUUAUUCGAUCUAGCCCUGGACUUUGAGCUUUUUUUCCCCCUCAUACAUGAACAUGGUUUUAACUAAGCCGUUUUAAGCUCUACCUCUACGUCAGUUUUGCAGCCCACAGUUUAGCUCCACCCAUCGGUUCAUAAUAUUACUGAAACAAUUAAUUGUCAUUAAUCGAUUAUUUAAAAAUAAUCAACAAAUUUACUUAACGAUUAAUCGUUAAAUUGAGAAUAGAAACAGUUAGCUGUCAGAGCAACCCACUUGGAGCAGUAAUAUCACAUUUGUAAAAAAAAAAGAUAUAAACAUUUUGCAUUUAAGAUAAAGAAAAGUUUUCAUCUGUCAAUAUGCUCUAUCCAGAACUCAAGUGGAAAAGUCUGAGCUUCACCUGGUCUAAUUUCACCAAAGGUUUCUUUAGGGGCCCUUUGGCUAACCGAUUAUUAAUUAAUU